AUGGAAGAGCAGUUCAAUAGACGUCAUGGUUCCCGACGCCGCUGUUUCGAUGUCGAUGAUGCUGUCUAUGCAAGGGACUAUCGUGGACCGAAAGACACUUGGACGCCUCAAAUUACUGUCGAACGCCUCGGAAACGCAACUCCAACUAGCUAUGAGGAGAACGUCACUGCCGCCUCGAAGCGGCCGAGAAAGAAAAAGAAGUCGAAGCGAGACAAGAAGAAGAAAAUGCGACAAGGUGAAAGUGCGUCCGCGUGGCGGACGACAUAUCAAGAACACAUAUCAAGAUCUUCAUUCAGUGGUUAG